AUCAUUACUCAAUACCUUUUAAGUAUUUGCUGUUUAGAUAUAUAGGCAUAUUUCUAAAUCAAAUCCAACUAAUUAACUAAGCAUAAUUACAAUUCGGGCCUGUUUCAUCAGCCAUCUGUUUAUACAAUUAUCUGUUAAGAGGCCAGGCAGUGGCGCGCGCUGUUCUUCCUAAAUGACUCCUUAACAUCGGAACUUGUAGCAAAUGGAUUAGUUCAACGUCUGCAUCCGAUGGGACUGUAUCCUUGGGAGCUGAACUUUAUCAUGGACACGUAUACAAGCUAUCAAAUGAAUGAAGAAACUUGGGAGCAGCUUCGUUCAGUGACACAAGCUCCAAAUGCGCCUGCGCAAAAACAAAGAUGUCAGGCGAAUGCGCGGGAAAGAGAUAGGACCCAGAACAGUGUAAACAUGGCGUUCAAUACUCUCCGACAUCUCAUACCAACGGAACCAGCAGAUCGCAAACUUAGCAAAAUAGAGAUCCUCAGGCUAGCUGGCAGUUAUAUCACACACCUCGACAAUCAACUGUAUACGGGGGAUAUGGAACAGCCGUGUUUGAAAAAAUCCGACACCGUAUACAAAACAUCUUUGUGUACGUUCUGUUGGUCAACAUUAAAAAAGAAAAAAUAACUUCAAACAACAAAGAUUUUUGUUGUUAUCAUAAAGUGAAGAAAUGAUUUGCAGAUUUUUGUUCUGAUGUUUCGUUAUGUAUUCUAUGUCUAAUAAGUUAUGCUAAGUCAUUACGAUAUUAUAUUUACG